CCCAGAUGGUAACCCGCACUAAGAAAAUAUUUGUGGGCGGCCUCUCAGCUCCCACUACCCUGGAGGACGUCAAAAACUACUUUGAGCAAUUUGGAAGGAUAGAAGACGCCAUGUUGAUGUUUGAUAAGCAGACAAACAGACACAGAGGUUUCGGCUUCGUCACUUUCGAGAGCGAAGAUGUUGUGGACAAGGUUUGCGAAAUUCACUUUCAUGAGAUAAAUAACAAGAUGGUGGAGUGCAAGAAGGCCCAGCCCAAGGAAGUGAUGCUGCCGACCAGCGUGGGGCGCGGCCGGGCCGGCGGGCGCGGCGGCUACGAUCUUGUUUGGUCGCUGGGAGCACUCCCCGACGGUAUCCAGGCAGCAUACGCCGCCUAUGCUGGGCGCGGCUACGCCAGUUACCCGAGUUUUGGGUUCCCGUACCCUACAGGGCUAACUGCAGCAAUACAAGUCAGGCAGGAGUCCCAGGCAGCGGUCAAAAGCUCCCACUCCAAUGUCCUGCCACAAUACCGUGCCAUCCAUGUCCUUUCUCCCGGUUUCCCCGCCGGGUGUGGGUACUUCCCCUCAGCCACGGGCGCCUCCAUCACGGGCGUGUCCCCUCAGACGCCCACGCCCGCUGACGGAUUCAAGGCUGCUGCUUAUUAUGACUCCGGUGCUGUUGCCACGCCCACACUCACCCCCACCGCCCCCAUCACGCCCACACUGACGGGCGAAGUGACAGAGGAUAUGUUGCCUUACCACCUUCAGGCUGAGCGACUCGCGGCAGGCACCUACUACGACUCUGGCACCCUCACCGGCACUGUCACCAUGAGCGGCGCGGGCCCGGAUCAAAGAGGCCAGCAGCCCAUUCAGGUGACCGCGGCCGCCCCUCACUCCAGAGCUGAUCACAUCAACUCCUCCCCAAUGCUCAGGACUACAGUGAUGAACAGCUUUCCCCAAGGGUACGGCCCACCUACAUCCCCGGCUACCGCCACCAGUAGGGGUUUCGGACACACAGGGUCACCAGGGCCGAUGGAUGUGUUUUCAGCAGCCCCAGGAGACACCACUGUGGGUUACGUCCAAGCAGCCUCUCCUCAACCUUCAUCAUUUCCUGUCACUGUCAACCGGGGACCACUCAUAGCAGCUUAUGCUAAUGGAUACCAUUGAGGAACCGGCCAGUGUAUGGUACGCAUUGAAUUGUAGGCAACUUUAGACGGUGGAAGCAGGUGUUGGGUGCCUCCUCCCCCCCCCACACCUUGCCGUGGGGGGGCGUCUUCAAAGUGAGUCGCCGUACCGAUUUCCACAGCAACCCGUUAACAACCACCACCACCACCACCACCAUAACCACCACUAUAACCACCACUACUGUUACUACACUACUACUACUGCUGCUGUUGCUGUCUUCACUUCAGCCGUUGUUGUUACUAGCGCGGCUGUUUAUUUUAUUAUUUUAUUUAUUUUUUUGUGAUUAUUAUUUUAUUUGUUUUUUUGUGAUUUUUAUUUUAGUUUUUCUUUUUUUGUUUUAUUUCAUUGUUUUUUUUGUUUUUUUUUCACAUUUUCUUCCCGAUGUGUCUCUCUCUCCACAUUUUUCCGGUUUUAAACAUUUCACUAUUUUGUUUUGUUUUUAUUUCUUCUUUUCGUGUUUAUCGUUCUUCUUUUUCUCCUUCUUCUCCUCUUGUUCCUCCUCCUCCCCUCCUCCUCCACCUCCUCCUCCAUCUCCUCCUCCAGCUCACCACUCACUCACCACCACUCUCUACCAACACGGAGCGCCCCCAGCCAGGAGGGGGCGCCGGUCCCCGCCCCCCACACUUAGAGGCGCGUCAUCUUUGAGCCAAGCACUUUCUGGAUGCGGUCGGGGGGGCCCACCUUUCCGCCCCCUCGCCCCGCCGCCCCUGCCAUCCACAGCGGGGGCACCAUGUGCUGUUUGUUCCGAGGGCUCCGACCUGGAGAGAGAGAGAGAGAGAGAGAGAGAGAGAGAGAGAGAGAGAGAGAGAGAGAGAGAUAACAAACUCUUCACUCCUCACUCCUGCUCUUGUUGUUUGCAUGUGAGAAAUAAGGAAAAUAAAAUAAUAAUAAUAAUAAUAUUAAUAAUAAUAAUAAUAAUAUUAAUAAUAAUAUUAAUAAUAAUAAUAAUAACAAUAACACUUAAACGGGAAACUUUUAAAAGCGUAAAAAAAGUGAUUUGGAGUUGGUAUUUAUAAAUAUAUAA